AUGGCGACCGCGGAUCCAGACGGGCAUGCUGCGCGCUCUAUCCCGGGACCCCGGCCCAGCGGGACGGGAGCUGCGGGGCUGCCCUCCGGGCGAAGCGGCAUUGGAGCCCCCCGGUUGGGGGAGCGGAUCCCGGCGGCCGUGGAGAAGCGGGGCCCGUACAUGGUUGCGCGCGCGCCUUCCAUUCAGGCCAAGCUGCAGAAGCACCGGGACCUGGCCAAGGCGGUUCUGCGGAGAAAAGGCAUGCUGGGGGCCGCGCCGAACCUCCCCGACUCUUCAGGGAAAAGGUCAGUGAAGUUUAACAAGGGCUACACUGCUCUUAGUCAGAGUCCAGAUGAAAACCUGGUGUCCCUUGACUCUGACAGUGAUGGAGAGCUGGAAUCCAGAUACUCCUCCGGGUAUUCCUCUGCAGAGCAGGUGAACCAGGAUGUAAGCCGACAGCUGCUCCAGGACGGGUAUCACUUGGAUGAGAUUCCAGAUGAUGAGGACUUGGACCUAAUUCCCCCCAAGCCUAUGACCUCAACGUGCUCCUGCUGCUGGUGCUGUCUUGGGGCCUCUUCGUCCUGUACCCUCCAGUAG